AUGGGAGCCCCCGAGGAAGAGCAGAUGCACUCCGUUGUGGGACAGUCGGUCGAGUACGAGAUUAAGAAUGGCACGCUACCAGAGGGGAAAGCAGAUGCCGCGCUCGAGUUCCUGUGCGAUGAAGGCACCGGGUCCGCAGUGGAGGUGAACGAGAAGACGCUGGUUCGCAAAAUCGACUGGAUGAUCAUGCCGCUGAUGUGGGCGGCGUACAACCUGCAAUACCUGGACAAGGUGCUCAUCAACUAUGCCUCCGUGAUGGGCCUGCUCAGCGACACCCACAUGCAAACCAACCAGUUCUCCAACCUCACCCUGGCCUUCUACGUGACAUAUCUAUUUUUCGAGCUGCCAACGGGGUAUCUCAUGCAGCGAUUGCCCACCGCGAAGUACCUUGGCUUUAACGUCGUGUUGUGGGGUCUGAUGACCACACUCAACUGCACGGCAAAGUCUAUGGGAGGUUUGAUGACACUCCGGGUACUUUUGGGAUGCUUCGAGAGUGCCAUUGCGCCGGCCUUGAUCUUGAUCACCUCAAUGUGGUACAAACGGAGCGAACAGCCGCAACGCAUGGGCAUCUGGUAUCUCGGGACCGGCACUGCGUCCAUCAUGGGCGCGCUGGUCGCAUACGGCCUGCUCUUCUACACCAGUGACCACUUUAAAUCAUGGCAGAUCAUGUUUUUGAUCUUCGGUCUUGUCACGAUCGCCGUCGGCAUCUGCAUCAUCAUCUUCCUCCCAGACAACCCGAUGACCUCGCGAUUGACGCAUGCCGAGAAAGUCCUGGCCAUCGAACGGCUGCGUGAGAAUCGCACCGGUAUCGAGAACAAGCACUUCAAAUGGCGCCAAUCCGUGGAGGUUUUCCGGGACCCGCAGACAUGGUUGAUUGCUGUGAUCGUGACGGCCAUGGAUAUCCCCAACACCGCCAUCAGCAGCUUCACCUCCCUGAUCAUCAAGAACAUCGGGUUUACCACCAAGGAGACCGAGCUCCUGAACAUUCCCAACGGCGUCGUGGGCAUCAUCAGCAUCCUGACGGUGACAUAUCUCGCUUCCCGCUUCGACCAGCGCUGCCUCGCCGCUGUCCUCUCGCUAAGCGGCGGCUUACUCGGCGGCUGCCUCCUCGCAUUCGCACCCCAGAACAUGAAAGCCGCGCAGCUGGCCGGCAACUACCUGACGCAAAUGACCGGAUCGGCCCUCCCAAUCAUGUACUCCAUCGCAGGCGCCAACAUUGCCGGACACACGAAGAAAAUCACCAUGAACGCCGUUAUGCUUAUGUCCUUCUGCCUAGGCAACAUCCUGGGCCCGCUCACGUUCCGCACGCAGGACGAACCUAAUUACAUCCCGGCGAAGAUUACGCUUGUCGCCACCACUUCAGUGGCGAUUAUCUUUGUGCUGCUGCUGCGAGGCUACUAUGUCUGGGAGAACCGACGCCGGGAUCAGCGGCAUGCGGGCGAGACGCAUGUGCAGAAUUCCGAAUUCUUGGAUCUGACAGAUCGGAACAACCAUGAAUUUCGGUACAAGUUGUGA